CAUAAUAUUCUGGUUGGUUUUGAUAGACAGCGUCAUGACAGCGUAGUAGCUAUGGAAGGUGGAGGUAAGGAAUGGGAUCUCCAUGUACCAAAAAGUGUCAUCAAAAAACCUUAACUGAACAAAAAAAAUCAAAUCAUAUACAGCGCACUUCACUCCGUCAAUAUUGUCAAUAACGCCUAGGUUCUUAGCUACUCUAGCGCUACUCUGGAGAGAUUUGGAACAAAUAUUUAUAGCUGACGCCUGGACACUUUUUCAACAGUUCUACCAUAAGAGAUUUCACUCUUUUUAAUUCCACACUCCAUAGUAGUAGCAUUUGAUUUUGACGGAUUGGUAGAUUUCGAGCCCAACGUCAGUGAUCGUGUUAAACAUAAAGUAUGGAAAGUGGAAAUCCACACUCCAUAACAUAAUAAAAGGUGUAAAGGUUUGAACACAUUUGUAGUUGCUUCUUUUGUUAAAACUUAUUUUCGUUGACCAUGACAUGAUAUAUGACAGUGACAUGUAGUCCCGCUAAGUAGGCGCCAAUGUAAUAAUAUGUCUUGCCUUGUAACCGUUUCCACUCUUCCAAACUUUUCAUAAUUUUCGCCCUGCCGAUGCCUCUGGUGUUUACGCGAUACCUGAACCACUCAGGUGAAGUGAGCUGGCCGUGGUAGCACUCAAAACAACCGACACUGAUGGUGUCAGGGCCGAUUUCCUGGCGUCGACGUCCUUCAGAGAUUAUAGGUCAUGGGCAGUGAGGGCGGUGUUAUGCAGAGACAGUUGGGCCGGCGCAGCGUGCGCGCACUUCUGCUACUGGUGUGUUGGACGAGCCUGUGCGCGCUAUGGCUGCCUGCACGUCAGCGCGCUCCGCCUACCUCGACAACACCUAUACCCCGACCCCCGUUGCCGUCCGACCCCGAAAUUGAGCCAAGGGAUGAAAAUCUGCUCAUCGACGCCGAGCGGCAUCUCCCCUCCCUCCCGCUCACCUACUGGCUCAAGCAUCGCUACGAGGUGAACAAAUCUUAUAAGUCAAAAGACUGCGCGCCAUUUCCCUCAGUGUUCGACCUCGAGUAUUCCGAUAUGUACUGGCAAACGCUGCGCACGAGUCAGGGCGUAUUCCAUCUUUACGGUGCCUAUCUUGAUGCUCGAAACACCUCGCACACUGGCCCCACCGUGCGACUGCUGGCCGUGCACGACCGCAUCCAGCCGAAGCUGGCCACGUACUGCCAGCUCUGGUUCGAAGAACGAUCCGGCCCUGUGGUGGUACUCAUACUGGAGUACGUGUACAUGUGGCCCAGUGUGUGGGGUAACUACCGCGACGGCGCGCUGCUGCCGUACCUGGUAGUGUGCGCGCUACCGGCCGACGUGCGCGCGCUGCGACCCGCUGCCGUGUCACUGGUGGAGCAACCGUGCGACCGCGCCACCAACUGCUUGCGCGUGCACUUCGAUGAGCCGCCCGACCGUACGCAAAAGGAGUUCGCCAUCUGUGUCAAGGGGCUUGAUUUCCAGCACGAGGACAUAUCCAUGCGCCUCGUUGAGUGGAUUGAGCUCGUGCGGUUGCUGGGCGCCGACAAAAUAUUCUUCUACGAAUUUGAAGUCCAUCCCAACAUCAGCAAAGUUCUAGCGUACUACCGCGCGCGGGGAUUAGUGGAUAUCACGCCGAUCACCCUGCCAGGCGGGCAGCCUAACUUUCCGAGUCUGCGGCACAUUUAUAUGAAGAAGAGAUUGACUUACAAACGACAGAUGGAAUUGGUGCCCUACAAUGACUGUCUGUACCGGCACAUGUACCAGUACCGCUGGCUGACGUUGUUGGACAUCGAUGAAGUUAUCGUGCCGAUGCAAGACCCCGAUUGGAAAUCGCUACUGAAGCGUGUGACGUCACUAGCCGCGCCGAUGUCAGGGAAACCACCUCGCUCUUCCUACUUCGCGCGAAAUGUAUAUUACCUAGACGAGCAGGAGCCCACCCUUUGCUUGGAGACGGGCGCGCCGAGUUACAUGUACAUGCUGCAGCACGUCCACCGCACGCGCAACUUCACAAAACCCGACUCGAACAUCAAGGCGUUCCACGAGACGGGACGCGUGCUAGCACUGCACAACCACUUUCCAAUAUCGUGCAUUGGCGGGCAGUGCUCGGCGUACCCGAUGGGCACUACACAGGCGCGUCUGCACCACUACCGCGCCAACUGCGCACGUGAGCUGAGCAAGGAAGUGCGCGCCGAGCCAGUGCGCGACGCCGUUCUGUGGCGGUGGGCUGACCAGCUUGUCCCUCGCGUCACGCAAGCACUCACCGAGUUAGGGCUAAUACGUCCCAAGCCCUCCACUAACAACACCUCGUCUACUCAUAUGCCGGCUAACUCUAGGUCACCAGCCCAAUAAGACCUGAGAUAGUUCAGAUUCGGAAACCUUCCCUAUCUUCAAAGUACUAUACUACACUACGGUUUUCCAGCAGUUAGGUCCCAGUACCUUGUACGCAUGCAAAAAGUUAGUGAAGGUUUCCGGUUCGGAACUGUAUAUGUUCCUGUUGUAAGUUCCGGUUCAUAUUAUAGCAACACCAGUAAAUAUCCUUUCCUAAAAUGCUGUUCAAAAUAAAGCGUAAAUCCUAGCUUUAAACUUCA